AUGUUCACCUUCACUCCCUUGCUAGGGGCGCAGUGCGACUCCCGAGCCUCGCAGUCCAUUCUCGAGCUAGAUGGUGGGAUCAAGAUUCUGGUGGACGUUGGAUGGGAUGAGCGCUUCGAUACUCGUCAAUUAACCGAGAUAGAAAAGCAAGCUUCGACUCUGUCCUUCAUUCUCCUCACUCAUCCUACCACUUCCCACAUUGGUGCCUUUGCACAUUGCUGCAAACAUAUUCCUGUGUUUUCUCAGAUUCCUAUCUAUGCUACACCACCUGUAAUUGCGUUCGGCCGAACUCUGCUGCAAGACCUCUACUCCUCAUCCCCGCUCGCUGCGACGUUCAUCCCGGGCUCAGGUUCACCGGAAGACGGGUCGAGUACGGACGACAAAUCGCGAACGAAUAUCCUCCGCCAGGCUCCCACGUUCGAAGAAAUCAACAAGUACUUCCAGCUGAUCUCACCAUUGAAAUACUCGCAACCACUUCAACCAACGGCGUCUCAAUUCUCCGCGCCCAUCGAGGGGCUCACCUUGACUGCAUACAAUGCUGGACAUACGCUGGGAGGCACAAUAUGGCAUAUACAGCAUGGGAUGGAAUCGAUCGUCUACGCGGUGGACUGGAACCAAGCAAGAGAGAACGUGGUGGCGGGUGCGGCAUGGUUUGGUGGGGUCGGAGGCGCCGAGGUCAUCGAACAACUACGCAAGCCUAGUGCUCUUGUGUGCAGCAGUGUUGGCGCGACUAGGGUAGUAUUGUCGGGCGGCCGCAAAGCUCGGGAUGAUGCUCUCCUAGGCCACAUCAAAAGCAGUAUAGCCAAGGGCGGAACGGUACUCAUACCCACGGAUUCAAGCGCUCGAGUGCUGGAGUUGGCCUGGCUACUGGAGAAGGUGUGGUCGGAUCCAGCACAUUCUCCCUAUUUGAGGAAUGCAAAAGUGUACAUGGCAAGCAGGUCCGCUAACGCGACGCUCCGCCACGCUAGGAGUCUGCUAGAGUGGAUGGACGACAGUAUUGUUCGGGAGUUUGAGGGAGAGGACGACAACCCCACCGCGCAAAACCAGAGACGAGGUUUCGGCGGUAGGGCUAACGGGACAGCAAAGCCAUCUCGACCUUUUGAAUUUCAAAAUGUCAAGAUCGUGGAGCGGAAACACCAGCUGGAGAAGAUGCUGAAAGUGGAAGGCCCGCGGGUCAUCCUUGCGAGCGACGUCACUUUGGAUUGGGGCUUUUCACGGUCUCUGUUGGAGCAUGUCGUGCAGAGACCGGAGAAUCUUCUGAUCCUGACCGAAAGAUUGAACGUGGCAUCUCAGUCUGAUAGUCCCGGUCAGACUUUCUGGAAGUGGUUCGAUGAGCGACAGGACGGCGUAGCCCUCGAACGAGCCGAAGGCACUGGCCAACUGGAGCAGGUUCACAGCGGCGGAAGAAUGCUGAAGCUGAAGAAUGCAGAAAAGGUCCCUCUCAGCACACGGGAGAAUCAAAGAUACCAGCAGUACAUGGCAACCCAGAGGCAGAUCCAGGAGUCGCUUGCAGCAACCGACAGAGAUCAAGCAGUUGCAGACGACAAUAUGGACGAUGAAUCGAGCUCCUCGUCAUCGGACGAAUCAGACGAUGAGCAACAGGGUCGAGUGUUGAAUGUCUCUGCUGCUCUGGGCCACGGAGCUCGGAACAAGCUUGCAUUGACCGAUGAAGACCUGGGAGUCAGCAUUUUGCUGCGCAAAAAGGGGGUUUACGACUUCGACGUGCGGAACAAGAAAGGUCGGAAUGCUGUAUUCCCUUACAGUCACUCACGGAGGCGUGGCGAUGAGUUUGGAGAUUUCAUCAAACCGGAAGACUUUCUGCGGGAGGAAGAGAAGGAAGAACAAAACGCGCUCGAUGAGGCCAGGGCGGGAGGCACGCUGGGUCAGAAGCGGAAAUGGGAUGACGCAAACAAUGCGAAGGAGGCCCAAGCAAAACGAGCUCGGGGACACGCGCCGAAAACUGCGACAGCGGGCGACUCGGAUGAUGACUCGGAUUCGGCGACCUCGGAUGUUGACGACGAAGUUGAAUCGGAAGGUAUCCAGGGCCCGGCAAAGGUUGUGUACUCGACUACAGAAGUGACCGUCAAUGCCAGGUUGGCAUUUGUUGAUUUUGCUGGACUACAUGACCAGCGCAGUCUGCAAAUGUUGAUCCCAUUGAUCGGCCCUAAGAAAUUGAUCCUCGUGGGAGGCACCGAUUCCGAAACGCUGGCUUUGGCUUCAGACUGCAAGGAGCUCCUCGGCAUGAAGGUGUCCGGUGCAGAUGAGCAAACUUCGAGCGAGAUCUUCACGCCCAAUAUAGGCCAGACGGUUGACGCCAGUGUUGACACGAAUGCCUGGAUAGUGAAACUAAGUCGUGCCCUGGUCAAGACACUGCGCUGGCAGACUGUCAAGAAUAUGGGAGUGGUAACGGUGCAAGGCCAGCUCAAAGCCGAGCUCGACCAGGAGGUGGACGUACAGGAUGAUCCAUCGGUGAAAAAGCAGAAGCUGGACACCGACGCAGCGCGCCAAACACAAUCAGCACCAUCACUACCUGUUGUGCCUGUCCUCGACGUGUUGCCAGCCAGUCUGGCAGCUUCCACAAGAUCCGUGACCCAGCCUAUCCACGUUGGUGAUCUGCGACUGGCUGAUCUACGACGGAUCAUAGCCAUGGAUGGUCACGUAGCGGAAUUCCGGGGUGAAGGUACUCUGUUGGUGGAUGGCAUGGUUGCAGUGAAGAAACUUGGAACGGGAAAAAUCAUUGUGGAAGGCAUCCCAGUCAGCGGAGUUCCCAUGACUCCAAAUCUGGCAGACAGCUAUACGCGAGUGAAGCAGAAAGUCUACGAAGGUCUUGCUGUUGUUGCGGCAGGCUAG